AAGCCUCUUAAUCGCGCACCGUUGUACAGAGCAUAAAGGCGCGGGCGCCGCGUCCACAUUGGGCUGGAAGGUUUGACGACCCUGCCUCCUGCCUGCUGUUCGCUCUUCUAUCCACAUGGACACAGAGCCAAACUUCAGCGCCCCGCCUUCUCCGGCUCUUGACCGCACCACCCAGUGGGUGCAGGCACAAGCCGCGGAGACCUACGACGACGUAUCGCCGCCUCCCUUACCGCAACUUGACUCCAAUUCACCAGAACAAUACCCGCAGUCCAACCGUAAUACCUCCUCUUCCGGCCAAUCUUUCGCCACGCCGCCAGCACCAGUGCAGUUCAGUCCUAUCGCGUCGACAUCGAUGCAGCGCAGCCGCCCGCGAAAGGAAUCGAACGCGACAGAGAUGCUCCCAUUCCCGCGCAGCCCACCAGGAUCGGGAUAUCCAAUGCCACUUGAGAUGGAUCCUCCAAGAGCCGAAGCACAGGGUCAAGACGGCAAGCGUGGACGACCGAAAUACAAACGAACGUCCUCGCUAUUGAACUCUAUCAAGGCCCUCAGUCAGCCAACCGUGCAAUGGAAGAGAGAAGAAGCGACUAGGAGAGACCAGCCAAAUUGAGGAAUAGACGGAGACUCGUUCUAACAUUGACCAAACUGGAGAAAGCCGGGGGAUUCUCGCGUAGCGCGAAUGGCAAGCCUCAUACAUUGAGCGGAAACACAAAAGAUUAGAUAUCGGUGCAUUGAGACUUACGUGUACUCUUCCGUGGCAUCUUGGGGCAAGACAGCCUGAUAAUAAUGUACUCUUCCCUUGUGAA